GAAUUGUUUUACGUUUUUUUUUUCGUAGUAUUGGUGGCUUGGGGUGUUCGUGAAUCGUCGUUUACCAACAACAUAUUUACCGCACUAAAUCUGAUGACCGUUUGCACCGUGAUUGUCACCGGGUUUUACAAAGCAAAUUACUCAAACUGGUCAAUUCCGAAAAGCGAAAUACCACCAGAAGCAAAAGGCGGCGAGGGCGGAUUCUUACCAUUCGGAUGGGUCGGCGUAGCAGCGGGAGCUGCGAAAUGUUUCUACGGAUUCAUUGGUUUCGAUUCGAUCGCCACUACUGGUGAAGAAACAAAAAAUCCCAAAAGAGACAUACCGCUGGCGAUCGUCGCUUCUCUGUUCCUGAGUACGAUUGCUUAUUGCGGCGUGGCCACCGUUUUAACACUCAUGUGGCCUUACUAUUCGCAGGUAUGGGUUUCGACUUUUUUUUGUUUAACGAUUGAUUGUGUACAAAAAAUAUCGUCCACAAACGGU